AGAGUGGUGAAGGGAAGAGUAGAGUUUCUGCUGAAAUGGAAGGGGUUCUCAGAUGAGGAUAACACAUGGGAGCCGCAAGAAAACCUGGAGUGCCCCGACCUUAUCACCGAGUACAUGCAGAAACACAAGGAGAAGAAGAAGCAGGGCAAGAGGAAAGUUGUCAGUAAGGCCUCGGGAAACUCAGAGGAGCGAGGGAGCAAGAGGAUGAAGAAGAAACGGAGAGGAGGAGGGGGACCCAAACGUUACUACUGUCAACACUGUGACAAAUCCUUCACAACAUAUGGAUAUUUAAAGAUUCAUCGGAGAGUUCACACUGGAGAGAAUCUACACAGUUGUGAUCUAUGUGGGGCAGCUUUCAUACUACAUUAUCUACUAAAAGUACAUAAACGCAUUCACACUGGAGAAAAGCCUUACAGCUGUGAUCAAUGUGGGGCGGCUUUCACACGAAAGAGCAGCCUAAGAAAACAUCAACAAAAUCACACUGAAGAAAAGCCUUACAGCUGUGAUCACUGUGGGGCAGCUUUCAAACGACAGAGUACUCUAAUAAUACAUCAAUGCAUUCACACUGGAGAGAAGCCGUACAGCUGUGAUCACUGUGGGGCAGCUUUCAAUCGACAGAGUACUCUAAUAAUACAUCAACGCAUUCACACUGGAGAAAAGCCGUACUGGUGUGAACAUUGUGGAAAAACGUUUUCUAGCCUUAAAUCUCACCAGCGCAUUCACACUGGAGAGAAGCCGUACUGGUGUGAACAAUGUGGUAAAACUUUUGCUCAGAGUGGUACCCUUAAAUCUCACCAGCGCGUUCACACUGGAGAGAAGCCGUACUGGUGUGAACAAUGUGGGGAAAUGUUUUCUCAGAAUGCUGGCCUUAAAUAUCACCAGCGUGUUCACACUGGAGAGAAGCCGUACCGCUGUGAUCUAUGUGGUAAAACCUUUUCUCAGCGUGGUCACCUUAAAUCUCACCAGCAUGUUCACACUGGAGAGAAGCCUUACAGCUGUGAUCUAUGUGGUAAAACCUUUUCUGUGAGCAGUAACCUUAAAUCUCACCAGCGUGUUCACACUGGAGAGAAGCCGUACUGGUGUGAACAAUGUGGGGAAACGUUUUCUCAGAGUAAUAGCCUUAAAAAACAUCAGCGUGUUCACACUGGAGAGAAGCCGUACUGGUGUGAACAAUGUGGGAAAAUGUUUUCUCAUAGUAGUAGCCUUAACAAACAUCAGCGUGUUCACACUGGAGAGAAGCCGUACUGCUGUGAUCAAUGUGGGGCAGCUUUCACACAACAGAGUACCCUAAUAAGACAUCAACGCAUUCACACUGGAGAGAAGCCAUACAGCUGUGAUCAGUGUGGUAAAACCUUUUCUCAGAGCGGUGACCUUAAAUCUCACCAGCGUGUUCACACUGGAGAGAAGCCGUACUGGUGUGAACAAUGUGGGAAAACUUUUUCUCAGAGUGGUCCCCUUAAAACCCAUCAACGCAUUCACACUGGAGAGAAGUUGUACUGGUGUGAACAAUGUGGUAAAAUGUUCUCUCGGAGUAGUAACCUUAAAAGACACCAGCUCAUUCACACUGGAGAAAAGCCGUACUGGUGUGAACAAUGUGGGAAAACAUUUUCUCAGAGUGGUCCCAUUAAAACACAUCAACGCGUUCACACAGGAGAGAAGCCGUACUGGUGUGAACAUUGUGGUAAAAUGUUCUCUCGGAGUAGUAACCUUAAAAGACACCAGCUCAUUCACACUGGAGAGAAGCCGUACUGGUGUGAACAAUGUGGGGAAAUGUUUUCUCAGAGUAGUCACCUUAAAAAACACCAGCGCGUUCACACUGCCUCGUUGUGAACAUGUUUCAGAGCCAAGCUGUUUCCUCCUGCCUCCUCCUCAUGCCCUGAUAGCUGUGUUGUUAUAUUCUGAUCUUCUCUCCACAUUGAAGGCUGACCA